UUCCGUUACUAGAGUUGUUAUUCGAUUAGCGCGUAGUGGUUGAAGCGGGUGGUUCAAAUCAAUAACUAUUCGCCACGUAUCAACUUGGACAACCCUAUUUACUGCCUACACCACAAAUUUAAUGUCUCUCUCUCUCCUCCCCUUGAGUCUCUACGCUCCACCAAUCCAAAACUAAACCAAUUUACAACAUUCGACAACGACAAAACCAGGGAGCACGAGGGUAAUGUGAAGAGGACCAGAGGACCAGAAUCUACGGCAUGUACACGUCACCGUCCGGCGGUACCCUCGGUAAGGCCACGGCGGUGAUGCGGGCCCUUAACUUCUACCUCUCCGAGCACCCCGUCAUCGUGAGUUUCCGAUGGAACCACGCUCUAUGGGGCUCUACCUGGUGCUUCCUCUUCUACUCUAUCUCUCUCUACUUCGUUCUUUCCAUUUUUCUCCACCUAAUAUUAGCGGUUCUUCUUCGCCGCGGCCAACGCGUUCCGCUUGGGCCGUUACCCGCGCUUCAUAGCCUCUCAAUGUCUCUCAUCUCAGCCACCAUCUUCGCCGGCCUUCUGCUCUCGGCUACGUCGGAGAUCAGAGAGACGCGGUGGCUCUGGCGGCGCUCCAAGACCCCUCUCGAGUGGCUACUCUGUUUCCCCCUCGGGACGCGCCCCUCCGGCCGCGUUUUCUUCUGGUCCUACGCUUUCUACCUGUCGCGUUACCUGCACAUGUUGAGCACCGUGGCGGUCGUUCUACGACGUCGCAAGCUGGUUUUCUUCAAGCUGUUUUAUCACGCGAUUUCCACGCUCAUGUCAUUCCUGUGGUUGGAGUUCUCGCAGUCGUUUCAAGUUCUCGCGAUCCUUUUCACCACGCUGGCGUUUUUCCUCAUUUACGGGUACCGGUUCUGGACCUCCGUCGCGACGACCGGCGCCCGUUUGCCACUGGUGUUGAACUGCCAGAUUAUGCUGCUUGGGUGCAACUUGGUGUGCCACGUUGGGGUGCUUUUGCUGCAUUUUUUCACCGGGGGGUGUAACGGGAUUGGCGCGUGGGUGAUGAAUUCCGUGCUGAACGGUGCUAUUCUGAUGCUGUUCAUGAGAGUGUAUUUAGGAAGGAAGAGGAAACCUAGUAAGAAUUUGGGUGGUUACGGAUGUGGUGAGAAUAAAAUCGCUCGUUCCUGCUCUGUUUUUGGCGCUUGAAAGGAAGCAGAUAGCAAUAAAUUGAAGUCCAGAUAAAAUCACGGAUUGAAGGUUGUUUGUGGAAUUGGGCACUCUCACUUUGCAAUUAACAACAUAUAUGCAGAUUCUCCAAAAAGGACAGAUAUGUUUUUAGGAAAGUCUCUAGAGUUUUUUUUUUUUUUUUGUGGAGUACUCUUUUUGAUCGAUAGCACUGUAAUGUAACUAAUACAAUCACCCUUCAUCUCUUUAAUAGAUUCAUUCAUUGCUUUAAGCCUUCUCAAUUCUCAUCACCUCAUCUCUUGCUGCAUGUUGCAUUUAGAAAAGAGGUUCAGCAGUUAAAGCCAUUGAAUUUUCAAUUCCUAAGUGUAGAUCAAACCCUGUAAUUAAAUGUCUUUUUACUUUUACUAA